AUGGCUGCCCCAUUUGGUUUCAGCGUGAGCGACUUCAUAACCCUGGGCCAACUCGCCUUCAGGGUGUAUCGGUCGUACCAGGAUGCUCCCAGCAGCUUCAAUGAGGUCUCGGAGCAGAUCAAGAUCCUCCACAUCAAUCUCGAGGAGGUUGCCGACCGCCUCAAGGAAGAUGACCGCAGGAUCCUCCCUUCGCAGCGGGCGACCAUGCUGGAGGUGGCCGCCAGCUGCCAGUCGACGCUAGACAGGCUCGAAGGUGUCAUCAGCCAGUACUCGGCCAUGGAUAUGCCGCGCCAAUUGACCUGGGAGAGAUUGCGUUGGCAGGCCCAGGAUCAAUUGCAGAUCAAGCAAGAUCUGACAGUCAAGCUGAUAGCGCUGAGCAAUCUCAAUCAGUCCUUGUCAGGGUCAUCCACCGCGAAACUCCUCUUGAAUCUGCAGAGGCUGGUGAUCCAGGCUGUCGCUGCUAAGAAAGAGGGAACCAUUGUUUCCGCCCUUACAAAUGCGGAUACGGGUGAAGAUCAUCUGUGGGCUUCAAUUGGCAGGGAUCUCCAGGUCGCUGGCAUCAGCCGAGAGAUGGUUACGGUCAACCGCGAUGUAAUUCGCCAGCAGAUCGAGUACCUAUUUGGAUCGGGCUUGAUCGCCAGUGAUAGUAUCUCGGAGGCUGCUGAGAGUCGUGGGAAGGCUGCUCGGUCAGCCGAACCGCCAGCAUCGCCAGCACCGCAACCUUUGGUCGCGCCGCGAGCACCAGUACCAGUGUACACCGGCACUCCCGAGGCGGCUGCCGACGUCUCAGUCGCAGCCAUCGCGGCUCGGGGGCAGACAAAGCGGGAGCAACUCCCUCUAACAAAUGAUGAUGCUACCUAUCGACCAUAUGUAGUCGAGAUCAAGCUGGUGGUCCCGCCAUCGAAAAGCACAAUUCACGAGAGAGACGGCUUUUCCUUCAAGCGAAACUACGUAUCAGAGCAUAGCUGGGUUUUCCUCCGUCUCUCCCAGCACACUCGCGACGGCAUAAGGUCUUUGAGCACGCCGGAUCCAUACAAUCCAGUACAAGACCAUGGCCGUCAGUUUUCCCAGAAGUGGACUGAAUUUGCCUUCUCCCAAGCCUUCCGAGACUGGAGGCACAUGCUCCUCAAACCGGAUCAACCAGUUUACGUCUGCUUACCGAGCUCGCAGGAAAAUGUGCUCGAUCUCCUUGCCAGAGAUCACUCCCUCGCCUUUCCCAUCGCUUUCUCAUUCGAUCUCGACACCGACGCGAUAGUGUUCUGGAAACUAGCUAGACGAUGGCCUGGAAGCGCUGCCCUGCAGUAUCGGGCGAAAUCCAUGGACGAGGUGCCGAGGAAAGGCUUGCUACAAUACAUCAAGAGGAUCUCUCUUAGAAAGCAAGCAAGAACGUUGAAUCUGGAAGGUGCCCAAGGACAAGGCCAGAUGUUGCUCAUGCUUUUCACACAGCGGGCUAUCGACCAGUCUCGGGCGUGGGCCAACACCUGGAUCAUGGAGCAGGAAUUCAGCAAUAAAGGCUUCGGGGCGUCCUCAGGGCCCUACAGCAAUUAUCCAGACUCCCUUAACUCGUCAUCCACCUUCAUCGGUUCUAAUACCUCAGACGCGCGGCAAGGCAAUGUACCUUAUGGUUCCCUGCCAAGCACAAAUCUUCAGUCCCACUCGUUGCCUUACCUUGCAAAAGCUUCUGCUGUCUGCUCGUUUGAAGCGUCCUUGCCUAACGAAAUGAGUUUUACCUCUGGGGACGAGAUCUGGAUCACGCAGUAUGUAGAAUCCGAGCUAUGGGAAGGUAUAAAUCAGCGCACCCAGCAGAAAGGGCUGUUCCCCAAUACUCUAGUAAAAAUCUUCCUCGUCAAGAAGAUGCCAAGCAGAGAGAAGAUGCCACUCGAGAUCGAUUCCUCUCCCCAUAGCUUUGGUGGUUCUCCAAUUGAAAACAAGUUCCUUUCGCCCACUAGCAUAGGUGGAAGGGCUGCUUCCUUAUCCAAUCGCGCCCACAGGUCCGUCAGCACAAGCGACAUCCCAUCCGUAGCAAACGUGCAGGAAUUAGAUUCUACUCCAAUCAACCCUGCGAGCAAACCUUCUCCAAUGGCCCCCGAGCAUGAUCUGUUCCUGAACCAACGGGGACAGGUGGCCAGAAUUACGUCGAGCGCAAGUGAUAAAGGCCCAGGACGUGCUGCGUCGCAAAGCUACAGUCAGCUGCAGCAGAAUUGGGCCCAAACGCCUUUGGACAUGGCAAACCAAUCACCACGCGCAGGAUCAGACAUAAAAAGAUCGCAGUCUCAGCGUUUGUGGGCGCCAACUCCACUGAGCCCCGCCAUAACACCUGCUGGAUUCCGUGAGUAUACUGUUUCACCAUUUGUUACACCCAUUGGAUCGAUUGCUGGCGGACAACUCAACGACAUUCGCAGCCUUUCUGCAGACAUCACACCGGAAACUACUCCAGAACCGACCCAAGCAGCAGACAAUUAUGAGAGUUUGCGAGCACAAUCAUCCGUUUUCCAACAGCUGCGAGAGGCGGCAGAGGCAGAAGCGCAAAUGAUGUCUGGAUUUGACUCAUGGCAAACAGCGCAAGGAUCCGAAGCACUACCCAAUGCUGGCAGUAAUCCAGUGUCCAGUCCGCAACUCCCUACUGCGCCAGUGGCAUUCACAAAUAAUGGACCUACUGACCAACCAGAAGAUCCUCCUUCCAUACAGCCUGAUUGGCCCUUGCCGUCUUCUCCUAAAUCGGGCACUGAAACACCGCCGGUUUCUAAUGACAUGGAACAGAAGAUUUUCAACCUCUCAAUCGAUGCAAAUCAUGUCGUUCAACCACGGCUAUCUACCGAAAGUCCCACUGCAACUACCACUGGCAGCUCGAUACACACCUAG